AUGCUCCCUAUGAUCCAAACCCCAACCCAACUCACACACCUCCACCUCGCAUCCCUCCACAUCAACUCCGACCCCAAAGCAAUCACACUGAACGACAACAACCCCAACGACACAAUCUGGAACAACGUCUGGAACGAAACAGCCCAGCUCCAAGCCAAAGGCGUCAAAGUCCUCAUGGCAAUCGGCGGUGCCGCUGCAGGCUCGUAUCCAAGGCUGUGCAGUGGGCGGAACGGGGCCAUCAACGAGACGUACUACAUGCCUCUCUACUACACCCUCAAAUACCACAAACUCACGGCAUCAACCUUGACAUCGAAGAACGCGUCCCAACUGCAAGCUUCCGGCUACGGUUUAGGGGGGUUCUCCUACAAGACUCUGGACCGCUACGCUACUUCCUCCCUCCGACCUAAUGGGAAGUUGGUCAAUUGGUAUCAACCGCAGUUUUAUAAUGGGUGGGGUGAUGCGAGUACGCCGAAUGGGUAUAUGAGUAUUGUCAAGAAUGGGUGGGCGGCUAGUCGGGUGAGUCCGGGGGUGUUGGAUGAUCCUAAUGAUGGGGGGAGUGGGUGGUUUAAUUUGACGCGGUAUCAGAGUACUAUUAAGUCCCCCGAUACGAUAGGUCCAGUCGGGGUCCCAGGAAUACACCUCUUCUCCCGAUUGGAAGGUUGA